CGCCCUCACUAUAGUUCCAAAAACAACCACUGUUACUUUUUGGCACUGGUGGCUUAGGAGAAAAAGAGACUUACUAUUUCAUCGCCAUCCGUCUCGCUCACACGAUCACUUUUUCUCAAUUUUCUCGCGAUUUCCGCCAAUUUUUCCGGGGAAAUUGAAUUAUCCGGACUUAGACGGCAACGCCGCGUCGAUUGGCAUCAAAAAUUUAAAAAGUUUGCGAAAAUCCAUUUUCGGGAAAAAAGUGCGUGUAAAAUCCCCAACCGUCAAAAUUUCCGCCAGCCCUUAAUUCCGCACAAAAAGACUCCCCGGGGGCUCCGGAGCCUCCAUAAGUGCCGCAGGAGCUCCAAAAAUGCGUUUUGUGCCCAAAAAUUUGCCGGAAAAACAGGAAAGGUGCAUUUUUGGAAAAUAAUUUUUUUUAGUCCGUUAAAAUUAAAUACAACAUGAAAAAGUGGUAAGGGAUGAUCGAGUCGACGCAAAUUUGACGGAUAGUGACUAUAAAAAGAAGAAGAAGAAGAAUAUUUGACGGAGAGUGACUAUAAAAAGAAGAAGAAGAAGGAAAUUUGACAGAAAUCUUUUUAGCGGCGUCCUUCUUGAACGUUUUAUCAAAAUUGUGCCCUAAAUACCUGCAAUUUCACCCUAAAAACUCCAUAAAAUCUCGGUAAAAACCAACAAGAAUCCCCAAUAAUGGCAUACAAGCCCAUUGACUCGCGACGCGAUGACUAUCGCAAGUUCUUGGAGAGGAAUGGCGUGAUGGAGACACUCACGAAAGUGUUGUGCAAGCUAAUGCUUCAGUAUGAGAAAGACGACAACAAGGACGAUGCCAUUGACUUUAUCCGGAAGAAUUUGGGCGAUGCUGUCUACGAGAGUGAUGUGAUUACCUCACUCAGGGCACAGCUGGAGGAGAGUCGCAAGGAGAUUGAGGAUCUCAAGAGGCAGAUUCAGGAAUUGAAGGAUGGGGGAGCACCUCCGGCAAAUGAAGUUGCAGCAGCAGAGGAGGUUGCUCAGGAGAAGGUGAACUCCCCAAGGGAGGCAGAGCCCGUGGUGCCAGCGACACAGGAGGAAGUUAAGCAGUCAGAGAGCGUUGAGGCAGAGAAGAUGGACGUCUCGAGUGACCAGAAGGAGAAGGAAGAGAAGAGUGAGGAAAAUGCUGCUGAGCCAGCAACUGAGGAAGUAGCUGCGAAAGUUGAUACCCCAGCUGAGGUGAUUGCUGAAACAACUGACGCUGCAAAAGAUGAUACCCCGGCAAGUCCACCAGCUGCUGAGGCAGAAGUGCCGAAAGAUGCUCCGUCCGCCGUGGAAUCGCCUCCGUCCAAAGAGGCAGCAGCAGCCGAGGGUGAGAAGGCAUAAUUAGUGUGAGAGAGGUUUUGCCAUCCAAACUUGAAUUAUUUUCGUGAUAAUUUUUGCUCAGAUAAGCCAUUUGAAUUUUAUUUCCCGCCCCCUUCUUAUAUCCUCUAUCUAUAUGUAUAUUAUUAGUUUAAUAUUCUUGUAGUUAUUUGACCUCCCCCACUAAUGAGGGGUUGUCUCCCUUAUAUUGAUUUAUAUUUCUGAAGUAACAAACAAAUUGAUGAACUUUUAAAGAAAACUCAAAGAGCAAUAAGAGACGCUCAUUUUUUUGUCGAUACAAAAAGUAUAGAUUGAGGGAAAAAAAUUGCUCAGAAUCCGCUUUUUGCAGCGGAAUCUGCAUUCCAUAUCAAAAAAAGAGAAGAUUUAAAUAACAAAAAAAGAAUAACAUUAGUUAUUACAAUAAUAUUGUUUUAAGAAAAAUAAAGUUGAAAUCACCUCGAAAUAUCACUAUAUUUGAAGAAGAGAGAGAAAGAAAUAUAGUUGAUUUCUAUAUUAAAGAAAAGAAAAAAAGUAAAAUAAGCACAGUCUAGUCGAAUAUUGAUUAGGUGUUUUUUUAUUAGAUAUUAUAGAAAUUUUAUGAAUUUACUUUUGAAAGUAAAAACUGUCCUCUUUAGAAAUUUCAUGACUCUUUUUUUCACUUCUCUUUCAAGAAAAAAUAAAUAAAUAGCAGUGUAGAGAAAAGCACAAACACUACAGAGGUGUCUCAUGCAGCGAAAAUUCUCCGAGAAGAAUUUUGUGUACGUUGUACGAGGCACCACUGCACUGAAGUUUUGUAAAUUUGUGCCUUCUUCAGAACAAUGUAAAAUGAAUUUAUGGAAUUACACAUGAAAUAAAGAACACACAGAAAGCGUCCAAA